AUGCAUGCACGACAGGCGCCAUCGUGGUGUGGUGUGUACAGCCACCAAAGAAGCGACAGCCUACUGUACAGUAUCUUGAUUGCUCUGCUGCACGCUACCAAAGACAGAGUCUCGGACCGGGCGGCUCGUCACAGCUUCCCUCAAACGCCGCCAAGAACGGCAUGGGGCCCGUUGCCAGACACAAGCUUAGCUGAGGGAAACCUCCCGGAAAGGGCCAGAAGCCCAAGACAUGCAUCAUGUCGAGCUUCGUCGGAGCUGGCACGGCCAUCGGCGUUGCGUUGCACUGCAAGGCUUGCCGCUGCUGUCGAAUCCUCCCGUGCUCGUCUGGCCAACCAGCUGGAGAACCGGCUGACAGCUUGCUUAGUUUGA